AUGUUUACUCACAAAGCCAUUUUCCCAAAUUCUAUCGUGGACGUCCCUUCUUCUGCUUCUACAACCUGCUCGGUCCCAACGUGUGUCUCUAAAUCGUACGAUCACGACCGUAACUAUAACAAGAAACAAAAGAUUUCUGAAAACGCGUCUGCUGCCUCGCGUUCCAAGUCCGUCAGGAAGAAUGCCGCUGGUACAAAAUUUUCUGUAUCAAACAAUAAGAAAUCCAAAGCAAGUGACAUGCUUGCUCCAGUAUCAUCGAGUGCAGCGAACGCGACUAUAUUCAAUUUUUUCGGUAAAGUGGAAGAACAAAUCACGAAAGAGGAUAUGGACGUCGACGCGAAUGACGUUGAAGAAAAGGGCGUAAUGGAGAAUGCUACACUUGACGUUCACACGUCUAAAGAACACAAUCAAAUGAAUUCUAUAUUAAUCGUCGACAACGAUUACGACAUCAUUAACGUUGAUGAAUUUCUUGACAAUGCCGGCACUGUCGGUAACAUGGCGCACCAAGGCAAUGACAAUGUGACGUCCAAGAAAAUUCCCGGGCAUAAUGACAACAUAGAAAUCGACAUCAUCUAUCUGUCUGACGAUGACUAUAAAAACGAUAUGAUUCUCGACAGCAGUGACGAGAAUGAGGAUCAAUUGUAUCCGCUAUUCGAAUCGCGUUUAACUAGACUCUCUUAUAAUACGAAACAAUCUCAUAUGACGCAAUGCAUUCACGAGUCAACUGCCGCAACCAGAACGUCAUCCGAUCCAUCUUUCUUAUUCUCAUCUUUUUUCUCAGUCAGUACUUCUUUCACUUCAAAUCAAUCCGGUACAGCUCUCACAGUCAACGAAAAUGAAUCAGCUUUGUUAACCACAGAAUUUAAAAGAGAACCGUUUCAUGCGUCCGGUCCAGCGACAAUCAAACAGGAAAGUGAACAGGACAAGCGAAACGGAAGGGCUUUUUGUCAUGGGGUUUGGGAUUUCAGGCUUGGGGAUUUCGAGCUUGGGAAUUUCGGAAAUCUGACAAAAACGUUGGAUGGCAACGAAAUAGAUACGACAAUCACCGUAGACGCAUUCAAAUACGGACAGAUUCCGAACUGUACCGCCUAUUUUCUCAGCCAUUUCCAUUCUGAUCAUUACGGAGGUCUGUCCUCGACUUGGGCUCAUGGGCCAAUCUACUGUUCAACGGUGACUGGAAAUCUCGUGAUUCAAAAGCUUCGCGUCAAGCCGGAAUAUGUCCACAAACUCCCAAUGGAUACGGAAAUUCCAAUCGAAUCCGAUCGCGUUACUGUAACCCUAAUUGAUGCAAACCAUUGUCCAGGAUCGGUAUUGUUUCUGUUUAAACUCAUAGAUCAAAAUAAUAAAACUGUUCGACGGUACUUGCACACUGGUGAUUUUCGGGCAUGUCCAAAGCAAGUCCUUCAUUCGGCCAUUGCAAACCUGUCAGAUCCAAUAGACGUGUUAUACCUUGACACAACAUAUUUAAAUUCACAUUAUCGUUUCCCAGCUCAGGAACAAGUGGUGAAAGCUGUAGUGUCCUUGAUAGCCAAAGCAAUCAAAGGAGGCGGGUUGGCACCAGUGAGUAAGAAUAAAGUGAGUAAAAAGAAGAUGGUGAGAGAUCCUUCCCAGACGGCUCUAGACAAUUGGCUAAAGCUGGUGAAUGGGAGGAAAACUGUUAAAGAGGAGAAAAAGGUAAUCGAAAGCAAAGACAAUUGUGAUGCAAACGGAAUGAACGCGCAGAAAGAUGAAAAGGAUGGGGUUGCGUUUUCUGACAGUAAGUUGCUGGUUGUCGUGGGCACAUAUCUCAUUGGAAAAGAAAAGAUAUUUAUGGGUAUUGCUAAAGCUCUUGGUUCCAAGAUAUACGUGUCAGCAGAGAAACGACGCAUUCUUGCAUGCCAGGAGAAUAAAGAGCUUGACUGUCUGCUAACAAACGAUCCUUGUGAGGCAUGUGUUCACGUUGCCUCAAUGACUAGCAUCAGACCAGAUCUUCUAGUGCAAUAUUUAGACAGUCUUCGGCCUCGAUUCUCUACAGUUAUAGGGAUCCGUCCAACAGGAUGGACAUAUAAACCAUUGUUUGAACAGCCAUUCCAUACAACCGAGGUUCUAUUAAACACUCCCCCCGUUUACUCGGAUGCUGAUAUACGACCAGCUUAUGCGUCUUCAGUAUGUCAAAUAUUUGGGGUUCCCUAUUCAGAGCAUUCGAGUUUUCGUGAACUUGCCGCAUUCAUCAUGUCGUUGAACGUGAAGCACAUUGUACCGACGGUUAAUGUUGGGACCGAGAAGAGUUGCAAAGCUAUGAAUUUUUGGUUGUGUAAAUGGCAAGAGACGAAGCAAAAAAAUGGAAAAGUUGUUGUUGUUCCAUAUCCUUUAUUAACCCAUUGGUAG